AUGAUGAGAACUAUGACCGGUCGUCUCCCCCCAGCUGUGGCCGCGGUGGCGGUGCUCCUGGCGGCGUUGGCGUGCCUCCUCCGGCCAGCUGCCGCCGUGGAACCGAGCGGCCAUGCCGCGGACCGCAUAGCCCGGCUGCCCGGGCAGCCGGCGGUGGACUUCGACAUGUACUCCGGGUACAUCACGGUGGACGAGGGCGCCGGACGGGCGCUGUUCUAUCUGCUGCAGGAGGCGCCGGAGGACGUCCAGCCGGCGCCGCUCGUGCUGUGGCUCAACGGCGGCCCCGGCUGCUCCUCCGUCGCGUACGGCGCGUCGGAGGAGCUCGGCGCGUUCCGCGUCACGCCCCGCGGCGCCGGUCUCGUCCUCAACGAGCACCGCUGGAACAAAGUGGCCAACGUGCUGUUCCUGGACUCGCCGGCCGGCGUGGGGUUCUCCUACACCAACACCACCUCCGACAUCUACACCUCCGGCGACAACAGGACGGCGCACGACUCGUACGCCUUCCUGGCGAAGUGGCUCGAGAGGUUCCCGCACUACAAGUACCGCGACGUCUACAUCGCCGGCGAGAGCUACGCGGGGCACUACGUCCCGGAGCUGUCGCAGCUGGUCCACCGGACGAGCAACCCGGCCAUCAACUUCAAGGGCUUCAUGGUCGGCAACGGCCUCAUCGACGACUACCACGACUACGUGGGCACCUUCGAGUUCUGGUGGAACCACGGGCUCGUCUCCGACGACACCUACCAACGCCUCAGGGAGGCCUGCCUCCACGACUCCUUCAUCCACCCCUCGCCGGCGUGCGACGCCGCCACGGACGUCGCCACGGCGGAGCAGGGCAACAUCGACAUGUACAGCCUCUACACGCCCGUCUGCAACAUCACCUCGUCCUCCUCCUCCUCCUCCUCCUCCUUGAGCCAGCAACGGCGGUCCAGAGGGCGCUACGUGAGCAUCCCGACCCAGACUCCGUGCCCAUGGCUGACCGGAUCGUACGACCCGUGCACGGAGCGGUACUCGACGGCGUACUACAACCGGCGGGACGUGCAGACAGCCCUCCACGCCAACGUCACCGGCGCUAUGAACUACACGUGGUCGACGUGCAGCGACACCAUUAAUACCCACUGGCAUGAUGCUCCGAGGUCCAUGCUUCCCAUUUACAGGGAGCUUAUUGCAGCUGGCCUAAGGAUUUGGGUCUUCAGCGGGGACACGGAUGCGGUAGUCCCCUUGACAGCAACGAGGUACUCCAUCGGCGCUCUGGGUCUUCCAACUACCACCAGUUGGUACCCUUGGUAUGACGACCAGGAGGUUGGCGGUUGGAGCCAGGUGUACAAGGGUCUUACGCUGGUCUCCGUCAGAGGCGCGGGCCACGAGGUUCCUCUGCACCGACCGCGGCAAGCGCUCGUACUGUUUCAGUACUUCCUGCAGGGCAAGCCCAUGCCAGGCCAGGCCACAAAUGCGACGGUGGCUUAG